UUUCACCACUGAAACCCGGAGAAUGACAUCAUCACCAUUGUGAGCGGACGUGUUGUUAAGUACCGAGGGGCGGAGACAGACUUGAGCGGAGAGCGGCCGCGUGUGUUCGAGCUUCUCAGGGACUAUCAACAGGGAGCGCAACGGACGAUAGAGCUAAGAGCUGGGGGUAUGAACGCUGCCAGAAUCCGCUCCCAUCCUCCUCUGUCCGGGCCGCUGUCCGACUGACAACCACUGGAUCAGAACCUCCACCGAAGCAACUCUCGGACGAACCCAAUAUUGGGUGACUGGGGAUUCGUGGACCCGGAGAAACCAAGGGGGAAAAGGGCCCUGAUUCGGCCGAGUCAGUCUCGUAUUUCAGGGCUUACAGGAGAGGGGGAGGAGGCGAGUAGCAGGGAUGGCUGUCCGCACAGGGUAGUCCACUACAGACCGUACACGGGUGCGGUUUGACAACUUGUGAUCAUGGAGCUGAGGGUGGGGAACAAGUACCGGCUUGGGCGAAAGAUAGGGAGCGGUUCCUUUGGAGACAUUUACCUUGGUGCCAACAUUGCAACCGGUGAGGAGGUAGCCAUCAAGCUUGAAUGUGUGAAGACCAAACACCCACAGUUGCAUAUUGAAAGCAAGUUCUACAAGAUGAUGCAAGGAGGAGUGGGUAUUCCAUCGAUCAAGUGGUGUGGGGCAGAGGGAGACUACAAUGUGAUGGUAAUGGAGCUGCUUGGCCCCAGUCUGGAGGACCUCUUCAACUUUUGCUCACGGAAAUUCAGCCUGAAGACUGUCCUGCUUUUGGCAGACCAGAUGAUUAGUCGUAUUGAGUACAUCCACUCCAAGAAUUUCAUCCAUCGGGAUGUGAAGCCUGACAACUUUUUAAUGGGGCUCGGCAAAAAGGGUAACCUGGUGUACAUCAUUGACUUCGGCCUGGCCAAAAAGUACCGUGAUGCUCGCACACACCAACACAUCCCUUACAGAGAGAACAAGAACCUGACUGGCACAGCACGCUAUGCUUCCAUCAACACACAUCUUGGAAUUGAGCAGUCCAGACGUGAUGACCUGGAGUCUCUUGGCUAUGUCCUCAUGUACUUCAACCUGGGAUCCCUCCCCUGGCAGGGACUCAAGGCUGCGACCAAGAGACAGAAGUAUGAACGAAUCAGCGAGAAGAAAAUGUCCACGCCCAUUGAGGUUCUUUGCAAAGGAUACCCUUCUGAGUUCUCCACAUACCUGAAUUUUUGCCGUUCCCUCCGUUUUGAUGACAAGCCAGACUACUCCUACCUACGACAGCUCUUCAGGAAUCUUUUCCACCGACAGGGCUUCUCCUAUGAUUAUGUCUUUGACUGGAACAUGCUUAAAUUUGGUUCUAGUCGGACAGCCGAGGAUGGCGAUCGGGAGAGGAAGACAGGAGAAGAGAGGGAUGAGCGGAUUGGCGGAGCCCCCAGGGGGUCUGCAUCGCGGGGCCUUCCCCCAGGUCCCAACCCUGGAGCUCCCAGCAGAGUCAGGAACGGGCCAGAGCAGGCCAUCUCUAACCCUGUGUCGCGGGUCCAGCAGUCUGGGAACGCAUCGCCUCGUGCAAUUUCUCGUGCAGAGAGGGAGAGGAAGGUGAGCAUGCGACUCCACCGUGGGGCUCCAGCCAAUGUAUCAUCCUCUGACCUCACAGCCCGUCACGACCAAUCCAGAAUUUCCACAUCACAGGUCAGCGUACCGUUUGAGCACAUGGGCAAGUAGACUUCCUUGGCUCCGCAUGCACAUGAAGCUGACAGGAUUGUGAGAUGGAUUCAUCACUCCUCCAUACGAUGUCUUGGGAAAAUGACAGUAAAUCUUAUAAAUCCAACAUGUACUGUUUCAAUGAACCCUCUUUUCUAAAGCGUGGAUCACCACCACCACAACAAUACAAAAAGCAAAUGAAUGAUUGUUCUACAUCACUGAUACUUUGUUUGCUCAUACCUGCGCCCCUCUUCCUGAGAACAUUCCCUCAGUACCUUCAAUGUGACAAAUGUGAAGAAUUGUUGGCAUCGGAGGCAAAAAGGCAUUAGGGACAUGUACGUUACUCAUCAAAGGUCAACAUCGUGAUUGAUAUAGGCUUAGUAAAGAUUCAUCUUUUUCACUUGUAAAACAGCAAAAGCAACUUUUCAGUGAAUGUCAUAUAUUUUAUCUUUCAUGAGGACAAAGCUUCUCAUCAGUUCUUUGCUUUUUUUGACAAAAGUAACUAUAUGUUGGAAAUGUGGAGAGAGGCAGGUGAGGAGGUAGGUAGUGGGCAGAAAAGGGUGACUGAAAAGCAUUAGUAAGUGAUGUUUUAGCUGUUGUAGAGUAAUAUUUCUGGUGAACGACAUAAUGAUUCACUGUCCCUCAGAACUCAGCCACCAAAACCACCAUGUUUGGUUUUAAAGUGAGUGGGUAAGAUGAAGAAUGACCAUAGACAUUGCAAAGACACACUCCCAAGUCUUGAGGGAAGCUCCUCAGGAAAUUCUCACCGUAUUUGACCAGAGACCAUAGCUGCCCAUUUUGGCUAACAAAUGGCGGCUGCAAAUUUUUUUUGACAGUUCUUAAUGUUUUUAUUCUUUUGUUACUGGAGCUCACAGGAGCAGACUGGCUCUGAUAAGGAUGACGUUUGUGGUGAUGGGGUAUCCAGUGAUUUAUUUUUAACUCCUCUGUAAAUAUAGUUUUUUAUUUUGACAUAAAGCCAAAAUGUGGUUGUUUUAUGUGUAAAUUAGGAAAAUGCAUACUAAUGACAAACGGGUUGGGUUCACAAUUUUAUGUACUUAAUGUACCAAAUUGUGGAAUGGGCUACUAUUGCUUUGCCAGCUGGGUCAUCAACUGUGUGUGUGUGUGUGUGUGUGUGUGUGUGUGUGUUACAGAGAAUCCCUGCAAAGACUAUAAGAUUCAUUUUGUCUUUUAGUAUUCAGAUUUUUAAACUUAUUUUUGCUAUUUAAACUUUUUCUUUUUUUUUUUUAAUCAAACAGCUUUGUUUUAUUGUUUCAUCCUCCUGUAACUUAGAAGUAUUUUGUUGCCUGUCUUUUUAUUCUGUUAUGCUUCGGAGCUUGUCUCUCCAUACCAUGGAAUACAUAAGGUUCUCGGUAUUCAUUAUGCAAAACUAUUUUUGUCACCUUUGGAUUUUAGCAUCCAGCAAUUUUCAUGUCAUCAUUCAGAAGAAAACAUAACUAAUGCAAUUGUAGGGAUGUGUAAAUAGCAGUGUACUGUGUGCAAUACCUUUCGUACAGACCAACAUGACCCAGUGGCAUUACAACUUUAGGGUUGGGGGAUGGUUAAGACGCUGAGGUGAAGGGAUUUCAUUUUAUGUAUUGUGUACGGAUAUAUUGUACAGUUCUUUAACACUUGUAUUUACAACAGUAUUUGUGUAUAUUUUAUGAAGUAAUAAAAUAACGAUCACCUUUA